AUGAAACUCUCCACCAUAAUCUACACCAACAUACUGGCUCUAGCCCUUGUGGGAUUCUCCGACGCCGAGGAUCUGAUGGAAUGUGUCACUUGCAAAGCCGCUUCUGGUGUUAAAUGUGACGAUGAUGAACUAGAUUGUAUACAUUUCUGUGGGUACUCCGAGCCCAACAAACCAGCUUGUGAUGAACUGCGUGAAAAGGUUUACUUCCAAUGCACUAAUCCCAAAUGUGGACAGUUCUUCUCAAUGAAUGCCGAGCCCAAUAGAAUGACACCAAAUUGUUGCAAAAAGUGUGACCAUCAGAACAUAAUUACCCUAUCCCCUUAUUCUUCCACCUCUAAAUCUGUUCCACUCCUCAACUUCCUUGAUUGAUCAGUCUGUAAUAUCCAUCAAAAAACAAAGAAACUCAAAUCAUGCAUAGUUUUACAUAUCCAG